GGUCUGGAAAUAGCUAAAAUAUGUACUUGCGAGUACAAUGAGUUGCAUUCCUUUUGAGGAGUGGGAUGCGAUUUUGAAAAGUGAUUUGUGGGCUACCGUUGUCUUCCUGUAGAAUUAAAGAAAUGCUUUGCUUACUGUGCUCUAUUCCCUGCAAGUUAUAAGUUUGAAGAGGACAAUUUAGUCUUGAUGUGGUUGGCCGAAGGUCUCAUUCAGCCUAUGGGUGAAAUAACUUUGGAAUGCAUCGGUAAGCAGUACUUUAAGGAUCUAGCUGGGAGGUCAUUCUUUUACUUAGAAAAGAAGAAGAUAUACAAUAUGCAUGACUUCUUUCGCGAGAUGGCUCAAUUUAUUUCUACAGACGUAUGUUUGCAGAUGGAGGAUGAAAAGCCAACAUGUUACCCCUCACUUGGAAACAUUCGUCAUUUGUCGCUCUGUUGCAACAAUUUGGUGUCAGAUGAAUAUAUGGAGGAAUUCCCCAAGUGUGAAAGAUUGCGGACCUUCCUCUUGACAUGUCGGAAUGUCGACGCAGGUGUUGGUGACGCAACAACUUAUCUCCUCCAAAAUUUUAGUCUGCUAAGAGUUCUGGAUUUGAGUCAUGGGCACAUUGUUGAGCUUCCAGACACAAUUGGCAAUUUAAUGUACCUCCGUUACCUUAAUCUAUCUGGUAAUCUUUUACGAUAUAUACCAGAAUCAAUAGGUAAACUCUUUUAUUUGCAGACACUUCAGUUGAAUAGUUGCGAAGAACUUUCUUAUCUCCCUGCAAGCUUGAGGAAUCUGGGAAACCUUCGGCAUCUUCAGUUUGAUAAUUGUUGGCAAAUAGACAACAUGCCAUUGUAGAAUUAACAAAUCUUCAAACCCUGUCUACAUUUGUGGUUAGUGAAGCUGAAGGUUAUACUAUUGUGGAACUAAAGAAAAUGACAUUUCUCAAGGGAUCACUUCACCUCUUCAGAUUUGAAAAUGUAAAAGAUGAAACUCAGGUAUUAGAGGCCAACUUACACAUGAUGUCAUUGCUCAACGAACUUGAGUUGGAAUGGGUCGUUCGUAGAGUUGGGCAUGAAGCACUAGUUGUCCUUGGUCACGUUAAGUUUCAUGAAAAUCUGGAGAAAUUGGUAAUAACAGGCUACUAUGGUUGUCAAUUUCCUCGACGUUGGUUGAUCGAUUCAGGUUUCAAUCUUAAAAGCAUUCACUUGAAGAGGUGUGUUGAGUGCCCGUCGCUCCCAGUUCUUGGACAUCUCCAGCUCCUUGAAUCUCUUUGCAUUGAAGAUAUGCCUUUGGUAAAAGAAGCUCAGGCUGGUUUCUUUGAGGGAUUCCCGUCACUGAAGUCACUCAAAUUUCGGAACAUGUUGACGCUGACACGAUUGGUGGAUUUAAUAUCCGGGAACAUGCCUUCUCUUCGUGUUCUCAUAUGCAAAAAUUGUCCCAGCCUAAGAAGUUUACCUUCUCUUGACAUCUUCGGUUCUCUCACCAUAUUAAAGAUCAUAAGGUGCCCGGCAGUAGGGAAAUUGCCAGAAAGGAUGCCUAUUUCUCUGCGGAAGAUAGAUGUCAGAGGAAGUGAAAUUGUUGCAGCUCGAUGUCAAGUAGAUCAAGAGGAAUACCAGGCCUCACAAUUCGUACCACUGAUGAAUAAUGGAGCUUUGAUUGGUCUGCUAUGCUGCCCAUUUUCUCAAAGGAAGUUUGGUUGAUUUUCUGAGCUGAAUGUAGAGGAAGAGUCACAAGAUGCAUGGAAAGAGGCACUUGAACUGUAGUUUUUAAAGUUUGGCAUGCAAGUGUAGUUAAGUUGUUAACUUUGCACCGGUGUUGCAGAAUCAUUGUUACUCCCUAUAUUUCUCUUGUUUCAGUUUCUAGUAUUGCAAAAAAUUGUGUGAAUUGCUGGUCUUGUUUCUAUUGCUAAGAUCUAUAUUCUUGCAAAAAGUUAUGUGAU